UUUUGGCAUCAGCAAUUCAUCAAAAUUGACCUUUGCAAAUUGGAGAUAAAAGAGAAUGGUAGUCGAAUACUUGCUGCCAAUUAUCAAAAACUUUCAUUGGUCUUACGUUUCAUCACCAGUGAAAUAUGUAUUAGUUUGAAUAAUGCAAUUGAGGAGGUGGUUAUUCCAUUAGAUCAAAUUAUGAAAUUUAGAGUGUCAAAUGAUAGGGACAUCACGGUGGAAUUUAAAAAAAAUUUUGAGAAAUUCUAUUUCAGAUACCAACAAGGUCCAUUGAAUCAGCGAGAACAGAUUUCACUUGAUCCAUCUCGUGGAAAACUUGACGGCGCACAAACAAUACUAUUUGUGCCUGCUGAAUGGGUGGACAACAAUACAUUGAUUUUUUUUGGGGAAGGAAUAAAAAGAUUGAGGUUUGAUCCGCAAAAUAAGAUAAAAGAACUGGGUAUAAACAACAAUUUUUCUCAGAAUGAGAAUGACUCCUACAGAGCUCCAAAUGAGAAAGAGCUUCAUGUAACCUGUUCUUUUUUGACGAAAACAUACGCGCUGCAAGUUCCGGAUGAUAUCACAUUUGAGGAAAUUCUUAAUAAUGUUCAGACACGUUAUAAAGUGGAAGUAAACCCUAAUCGCGUUACCUACAAGAAUCAGGUGAACGAAAUCAUUACUUUGAUUGACGAGGAGGAUUGGGAAGCCGCUAAAUGGGAAGCAAAAAAAGCCAAAUCAUAUUAUAUAUAUAUGUACUUCUCAUAG